AUGGCACCACAAGUCGAAUUCACGCGCGACGGCAUCUUCAAGCUCCACGGCCGUGCGCUUGUCGAACGUUACCUUGGAACUGAGGACAAGAAGACGUCUGACGAAAAGAAGAAGUCUCAUGACAAGACGCCCGUCCCAGAAGAUAGGAAGUUGAAGGUCGGCAUUAUUGGAGCAGGCGUUGGCGGCUUGUACGCGGCGCUCAUGCUGCAGUCGCUCGAUAUCCCUUUUGAGAUCCUCGAGCGCUCCGACCGCGUUGGAGGUCGCCUCUGGACCAAGAAGUUCGAACAAGGCGGCCGCUACGAUUACUACGACGUUGGUGCGAUGCGCUUCCCACUGCCGGAGCAAGACCCCUUCGGGAACUACAAGGGCGGUAUCAUGCAGCGAGUCGGGAACCUCUUCAACUACCUCAAGAUGCAGGACAAGCUUCUCCCCUACUACUUCAAGUCCAACGGCAGCCCCGGUUUCCAAUAUUUCAACGGCGUCCGUGCUCGCAUUGGCGAUGGCGCUGACUUCGGCGCGCCGUUGUUAGGUAUCGCACAGGAGCUCAUCAACAAGGGAGUCUCCACCAUCGUCGACGACGUCGUCGGGAAAUUCGCCCAAGGGAUCUAUGACGACUUGAAGACUAGUGGUGAGGAAGGCUGGAAGGAGAUGAUGGCGCAUGACGCGUACUCGACAAGGGCGUAUAUGGCGUUCAAGUAUAUCCCCAGCCCGUCGCUAGGGUUGCCAGAGGCCCAUUUCCCCACUCGGGUGAUCAACUGGUGUGAGACCUUCGACAAGAGCACUGGAUGGUAUGAUCGCGGCCUCACGGAAACGGUCCUUGAAGCCCUCGCCUUCGGUGACCAGCCCAAGGAGGUGAAGAAUAAGGUUAACUGGAGAUGCAUCGACGGAGGCUCCAGCGUCUUGCCAGAAACCAUGGCGGCUGUCGUCGAGGAACAUUCGAAGCCUAAGGACGGGCCAGUUAUCGUGAUGAAGACACACGUAACUGCGAUCGGACAGCGCGAUCCUAGCGAUCCUCGUUCGCCUAUGGUCGUCAGAGUCCAAGGGCAAGAUGACCGCGAGUACAAUCACGUCAUUUCAACCCUCCCCCUCCCCGUUCUCCGCACUCUCGAUCUCAAGAACGCUGGCCUCGACAUUCUGCAGAGCAAUGCCCUUCGUCAACUACAGUACGGUCCGUCCAUCAAGAUCGGCAUUCUCUUCAAAGAGCCUUGGUGGACGACAGGACAGGACAAGGACGGGGUCAAGUUCAACAUCAUCGGUGGCCAAUCCUACACCGACCUUCCCAUCCGCACGGUGGUCUACCCAUCCCACGGCGCAGGUACCGACACGCCUUCGAACACGCUGAUCGCGAGCUAUUGCUGGACCAACGACGCGGAGCGACUCGGAUCCCUCAUCAAUACUGGCAAAGAAACAUACGACGAGCAACUCAAGGCGCUUGUUUUGAGCAACCUUGCAGAGGUCCACAACGUCAGCGUGGAAUACUUGGAGGAACAAUUCGCCGAUAUCCACGCCUGGGAUUGGAAUCACGAUCCUCUGACAAUGGGUGCCUUUGCAUUCUUCGGUCCUGGAAACUUCGACGACAUGUACACAAGCCUUAACCGUCCAGCAGCAAAUGGCAAGCUUCACUUCGCUGGAGAAGCCCUGAGCGUCCGACACGCCUGGGUUGUGGGAGCUCUUGACAGCGCGUGGCGCGCUGUUUACAGUUAUCUCUCGGCGACGUAUCCGAGUAAGUUGGACGAGUUCCACAAGAAAUGGCAAAAGAACGCGGAGUGGAACGACCCAGUUGAUGGUCGGAAUGCUGAGCAAUCACCAAAGGCCAAGCUCUUAGAGAGGUUCCUCCGCUUCGACCAUUCGAGGAAUUUCAAUGCCAUCUAA